ACGUGACCAGCAGCUGCACAAUUAAACAGCAUCGCCUGCAUUUCCAGUCAACAGAGGCGCAGAAACAGCAUCAGACGGAGCGAUGGAGCGGCCGGAGAGCUUGGAGAAGAUGAAGCAGCUCUGCAGGAGAAUACAGGACGCCUUCAGAGAGCUCCAGGAAGAUCUGACGCCCUACAAAACCGAGCGCUUCUACAGGUUGGCCCCCAUGCGUCUCUACUCUCUCUCUAAGACACACUUCGUUCUGGUGUUCGUGGUUUUCUUCUUCUGCUUCGGCGUCUCCACACUCAUCGGUGUGUCAGGACCCAAGAUCAUUAGUGAGAAUUAUUACAACGGUUUGAGUCUCAGCAUCAAUGGAUCGAAGAGCGGUCCCUUUGACCUCCGAUCUCCACCACUGUCCACCUACAACCAGCAGCUGUGGCUGACCUGCAUCAUCCAGCUGGACCACAGCAUUGCAGAUUUGAGCUGGGAAGAGCUGGGGAUGAACGUGGAGCUGCAGGGCGUGAUGCAGGACGCUAGUGUGAUGCGCAUCAGCAACAACAUUCACAACAAGAACCGGAGCCUGCGCUGCGCCGCCCACCAGCAGGCGUGUGAGGAGAUCAUCGUGCUGCAUCUGGGAUAUCUGAACUACACUCAGUACAAGAUCAGCGUCAGCUUCAGGAACCUGCAGGACGACCUGAAGGACAAAAUCAAAAACGUGACUUUUGUGUUUAAGAUGUACAACGCCACGUUCUCUCAGGUGGAGAUCUGGUUCCGCUUCGUGUUUGUGGUGAUGACCUUCAUCGUGACCUGUGUGUUCGCUCACUCUUUACGCAAGUUCUCCAUGAGGGACUGGGGCAUCGAGCAGAAGUGGAUGUCUAUUCUUCUUCCUCUGCUGCUGCUGUACAACGAUCCGUUCUUCCCGCUGUCGUUCCUGGUGAACAGCUGGUUUCCGGGAACACUAGACGCUUUCUUCCAGGCUCUGUUCCUGUGUGCGCUGCUGCUCUUCUGGCUGUGUGUGUAUCACGGCAUCCGAGUGCAGGGAGACCGGAGGUUCCUGACCUUCUACCUGCCCAAGCUGCUGAUCGUGGGGCUGCUGUGGCUCUCGGCCGUCACGCUGGGAAUCUGGCAAACGGUGAACGAGCUGCAGGAUCCCACGUACCAGUACAAAGUGGACAUCCAGAACUUCCAGGGCAUGAAGGUCUUCUUCCUGCUGCUGGUGGCUGUGUAUGUGCUGUAUCUGGUGUUUCUGGUGCUGUGUGCCUGCUCUGAGCUCAAGAACGCGCCUUACACAGAUCUGCGGCUGAAGUUCCUGACUGCACUGACGCUGCUGGUGCUGGUGAUCAGUGUGGUCAUCCUGUACCUGAGGUUCGGCUCCAAGGCUUUGCAGGACAACUUUGUUUCUGAACUGUCCACUCACUACCAGAAUUCGGCUGAGUUUCUGUCCUUCUACGGGCUCCUGAACUUCUAUCUCUACACGCUCGCGUUCGUCUACUCGCCCUCCAGGAGCGCUCUGUACGACUCGCAGCUGAAGGACAACCCUGCCUUCUCCAUGCUCAACGACUCGGACGAUGAGGUCAUCUACGGGAGCGAUUACGAGGAAAUGCCUCUUCAGAACGGCCGCGCCAUCAAAGCCAGCGCCAAGUACCAGGAUGAGAGCGAGAGCGACUGAAAGCGGAGUGACUCCGGAUCGCUGGUGUACACCGAGCACAUGUGUAGAGACUCUGUGUGUGAAUGUAUACGGGCCGAUGUGUUUGUGUCAGGAUCUCAGAUCAGUGCUCGUCCACUGCUGAUUAAAAGGGGAAAAAUCAUGCAUCUAUAUUUUCAUUUGCAUUUGAGAUAAUUAAGCACAUUUAACCCCGUGAUAAUGAAAAGCAUCCUGAUUUCUCGUUAACAUCAGCAUACGCGUAAUUCAUUAACACAAAUAAUACCUCGAUGCAAGGUCUACUUUUAUACACAAGUAUAAACAUGUAUUCAUUUUCAAUUCAUAUGAAAUACUUAUAAAGUAUUUUUUUUGUAAUGCAGUAAUAAUUUAGGGGUAAAUGUGCUUAAUUUUCAUGUAAAAAGUUAUUAAGGGUCUCAAAAUAUUUUCUUCUUCUGGUUUCUGAGUGAUAUAUAUUGUGAAUUUCUAGACAGUGUUUAUGUGCUCGGCCCCAGUGUUUUCUCUUAUUAAUAACGUUAGCGGAAGCUGCUUAUAUUUCUACUGAUUUCUGGCUGGUUUGAGCUGCUUCUGGAGAUGCUGUGUGAAUGUGUGUGUGUGUGCUUCUGGAUGAGGAUCUGGAGCCGCGUGGAUUUAUCGUAGUUUAUCGUUCCAGAAGCCUUCUUUUCUCACAUUCCUGUUUUAAUGUGCCUGUACAUGUUUCUGUGUGUUUGUGAUGAUUAUUUUGUGGGUCUGAAUCACUUCCAGGGUCCCGCUGAGGACGGAAGGGUCUUGUAAGCACUGUUGGUUCACUCCGGUGUCUUCUGAGGGGUGACUUGUGUUUAAAGCACCAGGUUGAUGUCUGAUUGAGCGGUUCAUCUGUCCCGUGUGACGCUGGGCUUCAUGAAAUGUCCCAGAAGCACCGUGUGAUGACGGACCGCUGUGCCUUUGAUUCCUGAAGCGGCUGAGCUCAGUCCAGACGAGGAGCUCUCCUUCACUUCACUGCUGUGACGUCUGAGCGAAUGUGCAAUAAACUCUUCAGACAUUUUUAA